ACAGCGGCUUUUUAGCGGCAAAACGUUCCCCGGUGCGAUGGCUUGACAAAUCAGCACUCCGCUGAUGGGGACGGCACCAGAGGAUGUGCGAAUUGAGGAGAUGACUUUGUCGCCAGUGAAAGUCUUCAAGGUGCUGGGAAGCGAAGAGACCCUCGCGGAGUACAAUGCCCACAUGUCCAGGUUGAAGAGACCGAGUGACUGGAAAGCUAUGUACACCCAAUUCAUGUUGGACCACGCGCUGGGCACUGUUCCCUACCGAUGGGAUCAGAACGACAAGCAGGGCGAGAUCUACAGCACGGCCAAUCUCGUGGAGGUGAGCUUUCUCCAGCCGCUGGACGUGGUGGUGGCUGCUGGCCCAAUAUUUUGGGACGCCGCUGUGCCACAGGAGGAUAAGGCGGAGCUGGUGAAGUCAGCCCUACAGCUGGAGGCUGAGAUGCCGUUGAUGGCGCAGCUGGGACAGCAGCAGAAGGCCCUGCUGAUGCAGGAGACUGAGGCCGAAUGGGAGUUGAUCUUCAGCCACGAGCACUUGGCUGUGAUACCGCACGACUCUCGCAUUGUGGCUUCCUUCCAGAAAAGCAAAGCGUGGCCGGUCACUGCCACCUGGACGACAGAGCUGACUGAGUCCGCAGAGACUCAGAAAUACGUCAUGACGCUGAAAUCUUGCAACAUAGUUGAUGACGACCAAGUUCUACGAGCCCUUUCUGAAGCCGGUGUCGCCGGUGUAGACACUAGCAGCGUGCUAUCUUGCUUGGAAAAGUCGUGCGGAAGCUGUGGUGUCUAUGGAUCAUCGAUGAUCAUCCCAUAUUCGUAUACAUUCGUGCUGACAUUUCCGAUGUUUUUCACUAAUCCCAUCCCAGCAAUAUAUGAAACAUGCCCAUUCUAUGGUCCCAAAUAA